UUUAGUCGAAAAUAAUAUAUUUCAAUUUUCAGCAGCUUGUUUAAAAUUUAAAUGUGAAAAUUUAAAUGUAUAAUGUGAUUAUAUUUCCUCGUAUGAGUGUUGGAUUUUAAAUCGAUUUGAAUCGUUUAUAGAAUUCCAUUAUUCUAAUAUAAUAUCAUAUUGUUUUAAUAUAGAGCUAAGUGGUACAUUAGCAACAUUAAGUGUACUACAUUUUUUAUUUUCCAUAUAGUUGGAUUGUUACCUACCUUAAAAAUAUAAAUAUAGAACUGAUAUGCAGUUUCGCGAACUGCGACUUGCGAGAGGGUGUCAUAUUUCAAUAGUUAGCUAAAUAGUGUUCGCCUACUGUUUGUAUUAAAGUUGAGUGGCCGUCUUUCUAUUGACUUAUUAUUCACUAAGCACCAUGGACGACGACGGCGAUGAUAAAGAUGAUACCAAAAGGAGGACCCGUAACUUAAGUGAAAAGAAACGUCGGGAUCAGUUUAAUAUGUUGGUAAAUGAACUUAGUGCAAUGGUAUCUACUAGCAAUAGAAAAAUGGACAAAUCCACUGUACUCAAAUCUACAAUUUCAUUUCUGAAGAAUCACAAUGAAGUAACUGUGAGAUCUCGGGCUCAUGAUGUGCAAGAAGAUUGGAAGCCUCAAUUUCUAUCAAAUGAGGAAUUUACUUACCUUGUAUUAGAGGCACUUGAAGGUUUUGUGAUGGUUUUCUCUGCAACUGGACAAAUCUACUAUGUUUCAGAGAGUAUUGCUUCGCUGCUUGGACAUAACCCAGCUGAAAUUGUCAACACUACAAUUUUUGAAUUGGCUUAUGAACAAGACAAGCCGAAGUUAUUCAAUUUGUUACAAAACCCAUCUACUGCCUUGGAUCCUACUCAGAGUAUUAGUACGGAUAACGAAAUUAAAUUUCAGUGUCACCUCCAACGCGGAACUCUGGAUUUCAGAGAUGAAGUCACAUACGAGUUGGUGCAUUUCAAUGGGCAUUUUCGUGCUAAUUUGAAACAAAUAGAAGGUGACUUAUAUCAGCAGGAUUCUGACUCCAGAGUAUUAUUCGUGUGUACUGGAAAACUCAACACUCCGCAGUUAAUAAGAGACGUGUCACUUGUGGACUCAAGCCGCAGUGAAUUCACUUCAAGGCACAGUUUGGAAUGGAAAUUUUUAUUCCUGGAUCAUCGCGCGCCACCCAUUAUUGGAUAUUUGCCAUUUGAAGUACUGGGGACAUCCGGCUAUGACUAUUAUCACUUUGAUGACUUGGACAAAGUUGUCACGUGCCACGAAGCAUUGAUGCAAAAGGGCGAACUAACGUCGUGCUACUAUCGAUUUCUGACUAAGGGACAACAAUGGAUCUGGUUGCAAACUCGUUUUUAUAUCACCUAUCACCAAUGGAAUUCGAAACCUGAAUUUGUUAUGUGUACUCAUCGUGUUGUCAGCUACUCAGAUAUACUGAAGUGUACUAAACAGGAGAGCGGCGAGGCAGAAGUUUCAAACAUGAACGACACAAACCAUACAGUGAUGAAGGCCAAUACAGAAAACACUAUACCUCCUGUGUCACCAGCCUUCAUGUCUGAGGCUAGUGAGGCUUACGGAAAUUCCUUUCUCUCGCACAACACUUCACAGCCUGCUUCCGUGAAGUCAGCGACAGCGAGCAGUGCAAGUGGCGCUAUGGCUAGCACAGCCAAUACGGCGAGUACUUCGUGGUCUAGGACCCAGUACUCUGGCUACGACAAUACCAUGGUCUCCGCCGAAUCCCGGUCUUCAAAUCGAUCCAGCUCUAUAGAUAACAAAGAUGUGAAAACUCGUAUGGAAAAUACUCAAGCAGAGGCUAACUUUGGUCAGGGUAACAGGGUAUCGAUGUUCCCGCAGCAACCAAAGAUCAUUGAAUCGCCUGAAGAACCUCAACAUGGUAUGGGGGCCCAAUUUCUUGAUUCAGCGCCAUAUGCCAGGACAGUGAGCGUCCCAGCGGUGAUGCCAGCGGUGAUGCCAACGGUGUUGCCAGCGGUGGUGCCAAUGGCUUUACCAACAUUACCCGUGGUGGUAACAUCCGACCAAGCUCAGUUGCAGCGGAAACAUGAGGAGUUGCAAGAAAUGAUUAUGAGACAGCAAGAGGAACUACGGCAGGUCAAGGAGCAACUUCUGUUGGCAAGACUCGGCAUAUUGCAACCAAUUAUUAAUGUUCACAAUGUAUAUACAACCCCAGAGGAUCUACAGCCGCUACCCGCACAAAUGUAUGAUCGAUCACCGACUAGGAACCCGCAGCUGUAUCCACCCCAUCACCAGGGCCUUGGCGGUAACAAUACAGAUCAAAACCAACAGCACCACCCUAACGAGUGAGACCUAGAUCAGUAACUGUACUUUACUUAACGACACACAGUUAAACACUAAUAAUCUUGAAAUAUUGAAUGGGUACACAAUAAUCAAAAACUCGCUGCCCGCGGUAACAUCAUAGCGACAGACGCGUUUUACUUUAAUUUCUAUAUUCAUAAUAUUAAUAUGAACUUCACAGUGUGGCUAUGACUUCUGUUAUCAGUUCUAUGACUUUAAGAAGCCAUGAUAAUUUUAAAAUAAAUAUAAUUUCAAUUUAUUAUAAGUAUUGUUCAUAGCUUCGCGUAGUUCGCCCACUUAGCGGCCAGAGUCGCCCCAUUUGUUAGAUACCCCGCAGAUUGUUUAUUGGAUUCGGUGUAAUAUUGCGGAAUCAAUAAGUAUCUUAAUAUUAUUAAUGUACCGUACCUUAAGUGUUAAUUCCAUUAAGAUGUGUUCUUCUAUAAACUACAUAAUCCGUCUAACGCCCGCCCGCACGGCCUAAAGUCAGGGGUUACACAACUCAUAAAAUUUACAUACCCCGUUGAAUUAUUUUAAUUUAAAUGUUUCAUUGUAAUGUUUAUAGUUUAUUUGUAAAAUUAAUUUGGUGAUUUAUAAAUGAUUAUAGAAUAAAUCUAUAAUAUUUUUAAUAUUUUAAUGACAUAUGUUAAUUUAUACAAAAAAUAAUUUUAUACCGUAAUAAAUGAGGUUCGCUUUUUGUUUUGACGUGAGUAAUCAAGUUAGAUGUAUAUUCCAUUAAUGUAUUAUUGUUGUUAGAAACUAAGGUAAGGAUACUAACUGGCGUUAUUGGGUGUAUUUUGUGAAAUGUAACAUAUUUCCAUUACGCCCCCCAACUCUGGUCUGUAGCCUGUAGCUUUAGAAGUUUUAUAUGUAAUUAUUAAACUAUGGGUCUUAUAAUGUGUAUAUCGUGCUGUGAAUAUAUUUUGCGGAAACCUAUGUUGUAAUGUUACAUUUUUGCUCUGAAUGUUACAUUAAGCAGUGGUUUCUGUAAUCAAUAAACUAUGAGUUUAAUAAUAUAUAUACUACUGUAUAUUUUGAAGUAAACUUCUCAAUAUAAAUUAUAAUAGAAAACCACGGAUACCUAAGGACAAUAUUAUUUAAGAGAUGUGUGGAUUUUAAAAAAUUCGAAGGGGUUUAGCACAAGAUAGUACAUAAUCGAUAAUUAAUAUAAAACUGUCAUAUUUACAUUAACAAUAUAUCUACAUACCUAUAUACAUUUACAUUACGUAUAAGAUUUGGUCUGCGAUACAAAUUGUCAAAGAGAAUAAAUAUCUCUUCGCCGUAAUCAUUUUUUAAGUUGGUAAUGUUAGUCCAUGGCUCUAGCCACAUAACGGCUACCUGUAAGGCUCAGAUCUAUAAAGUGUACUUAGACUUUGCUCAGACUUCACUUACGUAAAACUUAGCAUAAUAAUCUUUGAUAUCGUUUUUAUACUUAUUAGCUAUGGCAGCCCAAUGUAAAAAUCAAGUUCGCGUUUUAUCACACUCGGCUAAGUAUUACGUAAGUAAAGUCUGAGCAAAGUCUAAGAACGCUCUCUAGAUCUGAGCUUAAGUGUUUGUUGUAAUUUGUAAGUCCAAGUCUAAAGAUGUUAGAAUAUGAUCUAUCAACAUCUAGUAUGUUUUAUGUGUGACUUGGAUUUUGUUCACCUCCUUUUGGUUACAUUUAAAUCAGAUCUGAUUCAUAAGAAAUUAUGAGAAAUUUUAUACAUAGGUAAUCGUGAUUAAGGUAUUUUUGACGACAAAUCAAGCAAUUAACGACAGUAAGUCUCGUGGGCUACGAAACAUAGCACAAAGAGGAGACAAAAGAUAGGGAAACGCAUGAGAGGUACGUUAUAUCUCACAGCUCAAACCCUAAUACAUUUAUAUUUUUCUCUUUUUCUUUCCACAACGUUUAAGUCUCAUUUCACCUUUCCAAAAGAAGUUUCACUUCAAAACGAUUAUUAUUCUGUUACAAACAAGUACCUACUAAAUAAGGUUUUUCGGUCAUGCUAUUACGGUCAUCGCACAAUAUUUAGCGAAUCAUUUCAUCGCAUCAAAACAGUAUUGCUUGACAUACAUAGUUAUAUUACAAAAGUUGAUGGAAUUCGGUCCCGGUAUCUUUUGUUUUGUAUUAUGACAUUGGAACAUCAAUUUAUGCAGCAAUCAGUAUUGUUUUUGUAAAAAAAAACUUUUAUUUAUUAUUGUCCUGUAUAAUGUCCUUUAAAUGGUUUGGCAACGUCUUGGUAUCUCAUACCUAUGGAUACUUUUGCUUUGAUCGGAUCAACGUAUAGCGGUGUGGACUUAUAUAUUAGAAAAAAAAGCGGUAAUACUAAAUAAUCUUUACUUGGACACAAAUCUUGAUCUGGUCGGAGCAACUAAUGUUACCAAACAUGAUUACCGUAUUGCUAUAACUAUAUAUAGUAUAAUAUAUAUUUAGUAACUAAAUGUUACCUUAGAAAACAAUAGAGAUAGUGGAUAUAUUAGUCCUAGUUGUGUACUCUCUUAUAAUAGCGUAUUUGGCUAUUAAAAAUAUGUAUUUUUCAUAGUCUGUUUCCUUCACACAUAAUUAAAAAUAAAUCUUAGAAAUAAAAAUAAAAAAAAUUCAAAAAAUCUGAUUUCACUGAUUGCGGUAAAUAUGUUUUGUAUUUAUAUUUGGUUAAACUGGUUCUUGAAUUCUUUAAGGCGUUUAUUGAAAAAAAAAAAGCCUUUAAUAAUCAAACUCUAGUAGAAAAUAGUCAAAUACGCCAUUAUGUAAUGUUGGCUUCACACCAUUCGACAGACAUUUUACUCUUCCAUUUUUAUGUGACUGUUACUAUUACUAUAUAUAUUGUGUGUGUGUGUAUGUGUGUGUGUUGUUUAUUUUUGUUUACAAUUUAAUAAAAUUAAAUACUAUUUGUUAAUAUUAUUAUUAUUAUAUAAUCAUAAUUAUAUUGAGAUGAUUUAAAGCUUUAUGCUAAACUAUAUUUUUAUUAUAAAUUAUAUCUUGUGAGAAUGAAUGGUUGUUUCUUGUUUACAUAUUAUGUGCCAUUUUUUAUUCGAAGCCAAUUUUUUUAAAGGCCUCAUUUAGUUAAGUUAAUAAUAAUAUUGUACGGUUUAUAUCUUAUUUACAUUAAUCGUCUCUCGUUUGUUUCGAGACUCGUUUUUUGUAUUUAUAAUCGGUAGAAUAUUUUUUAAAUAAAUGUUAAUUAUAUUAUGUAGGCUUAGACUAAGCAAAUUCUCCAUAUUAUGUUUUAAUAAAUUAUAACGCAAAUGUUUGUUACAGACACUAUGUUACAGUACAAUAGUACCUGGUGGUUGUUAAGAUAAUAUUUUAAUACAAAUGUUUAUUUUUUAUACUGAGUUCGAUUUUAAAUAUUACGUUUUAUUUUUUAAAUUUAUUUAAAAUGCAUCUCGUCGUGUAAGUUAUAUUGUUUCAUGUAUAUAUAAAGUUCACGAAGACAACGAAAAUAUAUGAACGCCUAUUGUAAUGUGCUAUAAUUAAUAUUCUUAAUUAGUAUAUUAACGUUAUCUUUUAACUAUCAUCGGUGUAACCUAGUGAGCAAAGAACCGCUAUAAAAAUACUGUCAUUGAUUUGUACUAAAUAUUUUUAAUUACGUUGAAAUAAUAAGAUUAGAUUAGAUUUAAUUAUCAAACUAAUAUGAAUACAAGAUAGCAUUUAGUUUUUCGUUGACAACUAAAAAACAUUUAAUUCAAAUUAACUCAAGUUGUAACUUGAUUUGCCGUACUCUGUCUUCUAAAUGAUGCCAAAAAGGUUACCAUUGAUAUUAUAUAGGAUUCUUGAUUUAAUAAGACUCUAUAUGUAAAAUAGUUUUAAUUUUGUCAUCUAAGUAUGACUGUAAUAAUAUAUAUCUGGAAGUAUAUCAUAGUAGUGUAGGUAAGCUGGUGUUGAAUAUGAUUUUAAUAUAACUGAUUCCAGAGCAGAAUUGUUAUAUGCCUUGGGCUUUAUAAUUUAAAGAAUAUCCUUAUUUCUUAUUUACUUUCUUCGUGUUAACGAAAACAUAUAUCUUUAUAUAUAAUAAUUUCGUGUCACCUUAAAUUGAAUUCCUAUACUAGUGAGUGGAUUUUAAUCAAAUAUUGUUGAGUUUCAGAGCAAUUUGGUCGCAAAUACAUGUUCCGUUUUUGUGUAGAGUGUGUUUUUUUUGUGGUCACUAAACAAAACCAUAUGAAACAUAUAAUGUAAAUAGUCUAAAAAAGCUACGUCAAUAAUUUUAAACGCCCGCGUUUAUGUUUUUUUUUAUAACAGCAUCAUGACAAAGAAAUAAUAGUCUUAAUAACUAACCUAAUGUCUGCAUGGUAUUUAUGUUAACUGCCUUCAACUGUCAACAAUAAAAUAUUGGUAUAGCAAAAACUGUAGUUAGAAGAGUGUUCAUCUUUUAUCUUCUGUUGUGAGAGAGACCUUCUCUCGAUUUGACCUUUUAGACUGACACUUGAAAGAUAAUGCUUAUGAAAUAAAAAAAUAAAAAUCUGUGACAGUGUUGCUAACAUAUACCACAGAGUACUUUUAGUAAUACUGCACGUACAAAUGCAAUACUUAUGUAAAGGAUGUUUAUUUAUUUUAAAAUGAGAAAAAAAAUACAAAAUACCAGUGAAUGUUAUUUCAUCGAAUCCAUACAAAUUUUACCAGUGGGAGGCUCCUAUGCACAGGAAGCCGGCUAGAUUAUGGGUACCACAACGGUGCCUAUUUCUGCCGCGAAGCAGUUAUGUGUAAACAUUAUUGUCUUUCGGUCUGAAGAGCGCCGUAGCUAGUGAAAUUACUGGGCAAACUUAACAUCUUAUGUCGCAAGGUGACGAGCGCAAUUGUAGUGCCGGUCAGAAUUUUUGGGUUUUUCAAGAACCCUGGGCGGCACUGCAUUGUAAUGGGUAGGGCGUAUCAAUAACCAUUAGCUGAACGUCCUGAUCGUCUCGUCCCUUGUAUUCAUUAAAAUCAAAGUUUUUGAUAUUAGUGAUAGUGAUUAUCAAUUUUUUUUUGUGAAAACGCAGGUGCUUAAAAUUAUUUUAACCAUCAAAUAUACCUGGUUCUGAAAGCCUUAAUUGAAAAAAAUUUCAAUUAUGAAGUUUAAAAAAUAAAAAUAUAUAAGACCACGUACGGACAAGUCCUUUAGAGAUUGGACAGAUUUUAUUUCGAUUCGUGACCAUCAAUUAUUAUUAUUUAAUUUUUUUUGUUUGAACCUUUCAAUGUAAUAUUUUUGACGCACGGUUCGACAGAAUCAGAAUAGGUAAAUACAAAAAAAUAUAUUGUAAAUUUAAAUUUUGAUAUGAAUAUGUUUAGAUGAAGCGAAAUGCAUUGGUCACUAUUUUGUAGUAUAUAGUUUCGAACCUACUCGUAUAUACCUUUCCCUCUCGGUUACAUUAGGAUAAAUCAUAUUGUUACUACUGCUCCCUGACGUAAUGUUAUGGAAUUUAUUUAAGAUUGGUGUUUUAUAUCCAUGUUUAUGAAUGUGCGCAUAACAAUGCAUCAUAUAAUCUGUAUAGAAAUCGCAAAGAAAAUUAUUGUGACUCAAUAAGUCACUCGCAUAUUUUUAGUUCGCUAGUUAUUGGAUUGAUAAAAGGUAAUAAAUGGAUCCUUUGUAUUUUAUAUGGCCCAAGUGAAAAAUAUACAAAUUUAUGUGAACUAUAAUAUCCGGAUUUAGUCAUGUAGAGGAAAGUGCCCUUUUGUCAUGGAUAGCGAUGGCAAUAUUUUUAAUAUUGUCUAAACGACUAUUAAUUUUGAACAUUAGAAUAUGAAAAUUGUCAUAUAACAAGAAUUUGUUAGUUCGUAUCCUAGUAACGUGAAAACAUGAUCCAUAUUGGAAAAACUUUCAAUAAAUAUGAUCUGAGAGAGGAUAUUGUUGAUCGAAACUGCAAAAUAUCGCGAUGAGCCCUUUGCGACAUGCUAUCCCAAACAACACACACGGCGUGUUAAUGCGCUCAAGUGUCUCGUUUUUUUUUCUAAACACAACGCUCGUGUUUGAACUGGUCGUUAUACACAAAAAUAUUCUCAUUGUUCGGUUUUUAGGACUGAAUGUGGUAAAAUGAAAUGCCUUAGGCAAUAGAAGUACAACCUUAACUCAUUGUAAGACCUAAACUAGAGUUAACGUAUGGAUGAGCAUAUAUUUCCGCAGUGUUCAUUUACGAAUUGCGAGAAUAACCACCCUUACAGUUUUGAAAUUAGUCUCUUCUUUCGGUUUAUGUCAGUUUCUGUUUUAUGGUACUAAUGCUUAAUCGCUUGGCCGAUAUUCAAAGCAUGAAAUAUAUAUUAGCACCACAUAGACCGAUAACACCGCUCUGUUAGUAAAAUCUCCUAUAUCGUCCUCAUAUCUGGAUGCUGCUGGUCAAGUCCGCAAUACACAAUCUUAAAAUUAUGAUAAUCUACUACUAAGAUCUACUAUCUACAACCUAUCCGAAAAUGGGCACUUUGCUCUAUUAUUUUAAAAUAACUUGCACUUAACUAAUAAUUAUUAUCGUUCUUUGUAGACCCAUAUCUAUCUUGAUGUAUAAUGAAAUAAAAAAUAAAAUGAAUUUAAA